GACGGGCCCUGCAUCUUCGUCUGCUCUUUCAGGCUUUGGUCAAGCAGCGGAAGCACCUGUGGACACUGGUUGACCGGUGGCUUGGAGGAGUACCACAAAGGCCCUGGAGUCGUCGAGAAGUCCACCGUCCAUCAAACAGACCAAGGAAAGGGGCGCCCGCCAGGACCUUCCUCCCGCACGGCGCUGAGCACACUGGGCAUGGCCUGCACUUGUCCCGUCGAGCGGCAAUCGUCAUCUACCAGUGCAAGCUCUGCUUCCCAGGCCAGGCGAGAGCUCAAGGACCCGAGCAGGACCCAGGCUCUGCAGCUGGAGGUGCAGCAACGCACGCACCAUGCUUCCCUAGAUGUGUCCAUAGAUGACAUUCUGCUCGCCAGCUGGCGUGCCAAGCCGGCUGGAACGGCCAAGCCCAACGUCAGCGACCUGGCAGACCUCCCACUCACUAAGUGCGUGCAGGGCAUGUGGAACCUGCGAGACCAAAUUCACAAGGCGGGCACCAGGCGAAAAACGGCCAAAGUCGAGGAAGCGGUCAGGCUCCAACUCCGUACAGCUGACGGCGGACUUCAGACACAUGAGUCGGAAUUCCAGCAGAUUGUCAAGUACUUUCAAGAUCUGUACAGGGGGCCGGCCGCUUCCAGCUCCACGCUACGGGAGGGGUUCAAGUUCUCCAAGGCAGAGUUCCGAGCUGCAUUCCAGAGGCUUCAAGCAAGCAAAGCACUCCCUUCCUGCACAGCCCCGGCACCACUGUGGAAACUCACCUCGGAGACCGUCAUUCCGCUCCUGCAGGCUCAAUUUGAGCACCACCUUCAGUCAGGUACGGAGCUCCUUCCGGAGGCCUGGUGCAUAUCCGACCUGGUGCUGAUCCCCAAAAUGAGGUCCCCGGCACACUUGCGACCCAUAUGCCUUUUACCUCUGCAAGCCAAGGUCCUGGCCUCGAUGCUCGCGCAGCGAUUGCAAGCCUAUGCCGAGGCCUACUUACAAGACUGCCCCCAAUUCGCCUACGUGGCGAACCGAUCGCUCACACAGGCUCUCGAUCGUGUUCUCUCGCAUUGUGCGGCCACCAGGGCCCGACUCCAUGGCAGCCACCCCAAUGUCCAUGAAAAGAGACAAGGACUCCGAGCACAACCACUUGCAGGGGGCUGUCAGCUCUCGCUGGGUAUCUCCCGGGCCUAUGACGAUGUUCCACGUACAGCCCUCACGGCUGCACUGCAGGACGCCCAGGUCCCGGCGGACAUGAUUCGGCUCAUCAUGAUGAUACAUGCCCAGGCCAAGCUUCGUGUGAGACACUGUCAACAGGAGGCUUGCAUUGCCACUGGGAAAGGACUGCGUCAGGGGUGUGGCCUCGCACCACUCCUUUGGUCGGUUUACUCAUGCUGGCUCCUAAGACAGCUUGAUCACCCGCCUGUCUUGUCCAUUGGAGAUUCGGGUACUGUCUAUGCCGACGACAUGCACUUUGCCUGGAACAUUUUCCGAGGCAUUGACAUCGAGAACGCCCACCAGGCCAUGAAACAUGUACUGGCAGGACUGAGGCGAUUCGGGCUACAGGUGAGCACCGACAAAACAGUUGUGAUACUCAGCCUGGCAGGCCCGCUGGCGGAGAAAACUCUACGCCGCUAUGUUGUCGACAGACCCGAAGGCCAAUGCAUUCGAUUCCUAAUAGACAAUGAAUAUGUCCACAUCAAACUUGCCACAGAACAUGUCUACUUGGGAGCUGUCAUCGGCUACGGCAAGUUUGAGACUGCCACUUUUACCCGGAGGCUGCGUCUGGCGAAAGCGGCCUACUCCAGGCUCGGCGUCAUCCUGCGAAACAAGACAGUCCCCCUUCGACUCAGACUUCAGCUAUGGCAGGGCUGCGUUUGGCCCACACUCCUGCGCAGCCUUGACAGUGUUGGUGUACCGGCAAAGGAGAUGUCCAGGCUCCAGAUUCUGCUGAUCACACAGGCUCGAACCAUUGCCCGAUCCCACAGCAUGCUCACCAAGGAGACCAAUGUGGCCUUGAUUCGACGCCUACGACUCCCUGAUCCAGUCAGGCCGGAUGCUGCACUGCAGCAGUGGCGGUGGCUAGUGAGGGGGCACCUUUUUGAUGCCAAACACUUCUGGCUCCACACUGCCGAGACAGCCUCACCAUCAUGCAAACUAGUCCCGGUCGAUCAUGUGAUUCACGAAGUCUUUGACUGCAAAGAGUGUGGACAGCAAUUCAGCACUGCUGCGGCCCUCAAGAAACAUCAUUUUGAGACUCAUUUUGACGAGGAACAGCAACAAGCCAGAAGUGCGGAGGUGGCCGCUGCCAGAAACACCCCCAACAUGGAGCACGCCCUCAACGGCAUGCCCACAUGCAGACAUUGCCUCCAUGAGUUCACUACAUGGCAUGCUUUCUUCUACCAUGUCAACACCCUAAGCUGCCCCGAGCUCAGACGCCUCUCCGAGGGACCCGACAGCACAGAGUCCCGGGUGACAGUGAACGAACCGAUG